AUGUUGCAGGAGAGACCAGAUGUCAGAAAAUUCAAGGGUGGCAAUCCUGAGUAUUUGGAUAUGCUAAGAGAGCUAUUUCAAGGUGUGGCAGUUGAUGGAUCAUCAGCUUAUGUGCCCAUAGAUGAAGAUGAAGAAGAAGAUGUUGUUGCCGAUGAUGGAAAUGAGGAGAGUCCAAUGAGCACCACCAGCAGGAAGAGGGGAAGCAGCUGCGGUGAACAGUCAGCUUCAAGCCCAGGCAAGAAACACAAGAGCCCAAUGGUGAAACUAAUGACAGGGCUCAUCAAUACUAUGACUAGUGAGAACACUUCUAACAUGAUCACUGAAUAUGCAAACAAAAGGCAGGAAGCAAAGGACAAGGCAAAAGAGAAGAAAGCAAACAACACUAAGGAAUCCAUUACUCAUUAUCAACUGUUGGCAGUUCAAUGUGGUGCAGAAGAAACAAGUGUUGAGUACUUCAUGGCAACUCAACUGUUUGCAGAUGAGGCAAACAGAGUCAUAUUUCAGAACAUUUCAAGUGAUCAGGAUGAUGACAGUACUGUUGAUGGAAUCAGCAGUGAUGAUGGGAGCAGCAGUGAUGAUGAAGCACUGAUGUUGUUCAUGCACCAAAAAAGGAAGAGAAGAAUGAUGCAGAUGGCCUGCAUGAUUGGUUCCCCUCAAUCUGUAAGACAAGCAGAAAACAGGUUUGUUAGGUCAUUGGAGACAAUUGUAAGGAAGUUUGAUAAGGAGAGACCAGAUGUCAGAAAAUUCAAGGGUGGCAAUCCUGAGUAUUUGGAUAUGCUAAUAGAGCUAUUUCAAGGUGUGGCAGUUGAUGGAUCAUCAGCUUAUGUGCCCAUAGAUGAAGAUGAAGAAGAAGAUGUUGUUGCCGAUGAUGGAAAUGAGGAGAGUCCAAUGAGCACCACCAGCAGGAAGAGGGGAAGCAGCUGCGGUGAACAGUCAGCUUCAAGCCCAGGCAAGAAACACAAGAGCCCAAUGGUGAAACUAAUGACAGGGCUCAUCAAUACUAUGACUAGUGAGAACACUCCUGACAUGAUCACUGAAUAUGCAAACAAAAGACAGGAAGCAAAGGAUAAGGCAAAAGAGAAGAAAGCAAACAACACUAAGGAAUCCAUUACUCAUUGUCAACUGUUGGCAGUUCAAUGUGGUGCAGAAGAAACAAGUGUUGAGUACUUCAUGGCAACUCAACUGUUUGCAGAUGAGGCAAACAGAGUCAUAUUUCAGAACAUUUCAAGUGAUCAGGCUAGACUGACUUGGUUGAAGAGGUGGUGCAUGAUGAAGAAGUUGUCCUAG